AUGACCGCAGAGCUCUGCCGGUCGCAAUGCGACGCGGACUUCUACGGAACGCAGUUCUCUACGGAGAUCCACACCAUACAGAUGGAUUUGGGUCAGUUGUUCAAGAAGGACGGCAACUGCCUGACGUUGGUUCAACGUACCUUGUGA